AUGGUGAAGGAUAACUCAGAGCUGAAGAAGUUGUUGCUGGACACAACGGGGAAAUCUAUCAUUGUGAUUGAAGACAUUGAUUGCUCCAUCGCAUUUACGCGACAAGGAGACAAUGAAGCUGACAAGGAGAAAAACGAAGAUGAGCAGCACAGCCAGGUGACAUUGUCCGGGCUACUAAACGUCACUGAUGGGUUAUGGUCUGCUUCUAGUGAUGAGAAGAUCAUGGUUUUUACAACAAACUUUGUGGAUAAGCUUGAUCCGGCCGAGGAAUAA